AUGUACUUCCUUACACAGCGCAGUGACGCCAAUACGGACACUGAGUUCACUACGUCUGAACUAGAGCCUAGCCGCCAGGCCUCCCGCCACCUCUCUGCAGCAUGGGAGAUUGGGGUCAUCGUCGCAUUACUGUGCCUCAUAACGCUUGUGGUCGGGACUGCCAUCUGGGCUCGUCGCAAACGGCGGCAACGGAAAGAAGAAGACCGCUACUGGAGUGCGCGCAAUGCUGCUCGCCGGAGGCAGGGCGAAAUGCACGAGAAGACUGACUAUUCGCGCACACCUGUUUCAUUGACGAAGCCACCAGCCGUCCAUCCUUCCCCAUCGUCGCAGCCGUCGCCGUCACCGCCGACAUCCUGA